UUCUCAUGAUGCUAGCAUUAAACAUUAAGCAUACUGUCUUUUCUUGUUCCUACCCAGUUAUAUUUGUCUCUAUGUGUUUCCAUUGAUUCGUCAUUAGAUAUAAUCUUUCUUCCCAUUAUCUCAAUUUCAGACUGAUUAUCUUCGGAAAAUUAGUUUGAAGAUGCUUAAAAUGGACAUGGAGACCACGGCUUAAGAUGAUGUGGCCAUUUCAGUGCAAUCCAACUCUACUGUCUGUGGAAAUGAACUCCAGCUUCAGGAGAAUUUGAUGGAUUCCAGCAAGUCGAGGUAUACUGCUCCAGGUGGAGAACUUGACAUAGAUAUGCGUGAUUGGAGAGUUCACGUGAAGCAUGAAGGACGACAAAGAAUUGUCAACAAGAUAACAGAGACGCUAAAUGGGUGUCUGCCACUUUCUAGUGAUGAGGGACUGCUGGAACUCAAGAAUAUUGCUACAAGGUUUGAGGAAAAGAUUUAUGUGUCUGCCACAACCCAGUCUGAUUAUCUGCGGAAAAUAAGUUCGAAGAUACUUACAUUGGAGAAAAAGGCCGAAAAAUAGUGUGCCCAAUUAACCCCUGGUUCGGGAGGUAAGUUCAUUAAAAAGCAUUGCAUUUUUACAUUUAAAUCCAUUCCCUUGCAGUCCCCACUUUUUUUGCUUUUGAGCUUCAAUGGUGGAUGGGUGGAUUGGUUUCAUGAGAAUAGCAGUAUGGCUAGCAUAUCUUGCUGCAGAAAUUAUCAGAGUAUUACGGUUCAGGACUUGCUGCCAACUUAAGCCAUCAUUUUGUAGAACUAGAAGUUGAUGCACAAACAUUAUUGUCGAUGUUGUUGGACAAAGACAAAAACAAAAUCAAAAUUUUCACCUGUGUUUCAACUAUUAGUUGACUGCAAGUUGCUAAUAAUGUGGCUGAUUUGCCGAUUGGAGACGCAGGAUGCUACCAACGGCUUUUCUUGUUUCAGUUUCCAAGAAUAGAUUUCUGAUGUACUACUAUUACAAAUGGAUUUUGAAAAUAAAAUUCAUUGCUUAUGCUAAACAUAUUCUGAAGAAGGAAGAUAAGAGAGGACAAGACGAUGAUGGAAAAGAAAUAAAUUUCAAUUUGAUUUGGAGUU